AUGAGAGGUUUCGGUGCGGGUGCGGGUGGAGCAGGCGCAUUCGGUGCAUUCGGAGACGGAGGGGAUGAUGAUGAUGAUCCCAGAUUCUCUAGGCCUCCUCAUCAUUACGAUGAAUAUUUCAAAGCCUACUCCACCAGCAUGUUGCCUGGCAAGGAGAGGUUGAACGUCAGCUACGGUGGCAAGAUCAUGAUGCCCACAUCAGCUUUGGCUCGUCUUUCUCAUCUAGGCAUCCAGACCCCUUGGCUAUUCGAGCUCUCCUCGACGGGCACAGCGGCGGAUGGCGAGGAGUACAAGACGCACGCAGGUGUGCUGGAAUUCAUUGCAGACGAAGGCAACGUGCACUUGCCCGCAUGGAUGAUGCGGCAGCUGCACCUUUCCGAAGGAGAUCCGAUCCGAGUUAGAGGCAAGUCCAUGCCUCAAGGCAAGCACGUCAAGAUCCAACCUCAAACCGUCGAUUUUCUCGAAAUUGCCGACCCAAAAGGUGUGCUGGAAGGAGCUCUGAGCAACUUUUCGGCGCUCACAAAGGGAGACAUUAUCGAAAUCUCUUACAAUUGCCUCACGUUUGAGAUUCUGGUUCUGGAGAUCAAGCCGGAUGCGGAGAGCAUCAACAUCACAGAGACGGAUUUGGAGGUGGACUUUGCACCUCCCAAGGGUUAUGUGGAGCCCGCUCCCAAGCCUAGAGCACCGAUUCCCACCAUGGCUUCCAAACUGAACAUUGACAAGUCCAAGGUGGACUCUAUUCCCGCGUCUGGCGCGACUACGCCAGGCGGUGGGGGCAGCGGAUCGGGCAGGGAGGGUGGAGCAGGAGGUGCAGAAGAACGCGGAGCUUUCAGAGGUGCGGGACAAAGUCUGAGCGGCAAGAAGCCCAAAGCUGGCAAGAAGGAUAAGCCGAUCGAGCAGCCAGACGCGUUUAGCAAGAUUAGAAGAACGGAUCAAGUGAGGUUUGCGACGAACGAUACGCAGCUGCAAGAGAAGCAGAUCCCUGCAGCGCUCAAUCUGCCUUUUGGAAGAUUGUUCUUUGGUUACGAGUAUGAAGAUCCGGGCGCGAUCAAGGCCAAGGCGGAGCAGAAGGAAGAAAGAUCGCAGAGCUUUGCGGGAAGCGGAACGACGCUCAGCGGUAGAGCGCCAGCUGCGAAAUCUAGAGAAGAGAACAAGGAAAAGGAGAAUGUGCAGCAGCAGCAGCAGCAGCAGCAGCAACCUAGGCGAUUGGACGGACGACCUAUUCCGAAAGUCGUAGAGAUCAGCGAUGAUGAGAAGUAG